GACCCACUAGAGCAAGAUUAAUAACCCGAUUUCGGUUAGAAACGGAAAGGCAUUGACGUACGGUAUGAACUUGGCCAGGCGAAGAGGAAGUGGUUGAUUGGAAGAAUAGCUAUGAACCAAGUGAAGUCUUGGUAGAGAAGUCACUUGAUCAGAUCUUAGAACAAAGAUGGCCGCCACCAUGACAACAGAGAUGGCAAUGAAUACGACAGCCACACCCCAGAAUUUCACAAUUAUGACAUUGACACCAGUGAGGUUCAUGCCACCUGUGCCUCUAUAUAUUCUCAUAGUAACAGCUAUUAGUUGCGUCUUAUCGCUGUUCGGAAGCUUCGCAAUAUUCUGGACAUUUUUCAAAUUUCAAACCUUACGGACAACGAGCCGGAAGUUACUUUUAUAUUUGACAAUUGCGGACUUUUUCACCGCGGCAGGAUAUCUGAUGGGGGUGAUACGGUAUUGGGUAGAUUACACAUCUGGGAGUGGUGCAAAGGAAGACCAAUGUCCAAAAGCUGAUGCCGUCUGCGUGGCGCAGAGUUACAUUACCACCUGCUCAAGUUUGUGUUCAUUCUUUUGGAUGAUCGUCAUCAGUGCGUAUUUCAUUAUUGCCGUCGUCAAGCAAGAUGUGGAAGCAGCCAAUAGGAUGAUGGUACCGAGUCACGUGAUAUGCUGGGGACUUCCGGUCUUCCUGACCUCCCUGGCAUUAGGUUUCGGUGUCCUGGGCGAGGAUCUCUCCUACACCAGCGGCGGGUGGUGCUGGAUCACGGCAUGUGACCUCUCCAAUGAUGUCAAGCUUCUCUGGAUGCUGGCGACAGGAAAGUUCUGGGAGUUUGUCACUUACAUGGUCCUUAUCGUCAACUACCUGCUGUUGAAAUAUUUCAUUUGGAAAAGGAUGCGUUACCACAGCUCACUCCGUCGUCAAGGUAUCAGUGUUCCAAGAUCCGGGGAACAGUUGUCAGGCAACGACACCAUGUUUAUCUUCGUUCCCAUCAUCCUACUGGUCCUCCGGAUUUGGGGCAGUUUGAAAUUUCUGAUUACCAUAUCACUGUCACCUAGCCAAGGCGGCGACCACGAGUUUGAAAGCAAUAAGGGCAUCGAGGUGCUCACACUUUUUCAAGGUAUCGGCGACAGCGGGCAAGCUUUCUGGAACUUCGUUCUGUUCUGCCUCAUGACGCCCGAGGUCAGGGUCGCCAUCCUGGCCUCAUUCAGGCAGCAGUUCUCCUGGCUGAGGGUCGAUUCCAUCACGUCGGACACCAGCACGGCAAGCGAAGAGAGCGUGAACUCACAAACCAGACGCCUGGUGCCCUCUAUUACCGAAGAGGUGCGCGAGGAAUAUAACAGAGAACGAACUGCUCUAUAUCAUAAACAGUUUUCAAAUUAUGAUUCCACUUCCUUGGGGUGAAUCGGCAAUGGUGGAGUAAAAUCAAUUUUCGUUUCUCCUUGAUGUGGAACGAAAUCGGGCGACGGGGGCCGCCACUUCCUAGCCAGAGUUUGGGACAAUAUCCUUGGACAGCAUCCUGGACUAAAAAUACCAGAAGACCCAUAAAGGAAGAUGAAAAAGGCACGGAAUUCUUUGUUAAAUAAAUUACC